AUGAGUGAACCAGAGGAUAUCAUCUCGUCUUUGCUAUCAAAAGAAAAUAAUAAUGAUCCGUCAGCCUGGAGCAAAAUCUGCCCAGGUCUGACAAUUUCAAAAGAUACCACCACUUCAUCGAAUAAUGGUGCUUCUUCACCUAUGAAGAAGAUCAAAAUUGACAAAGCAUCUUCAGAACGCAAACGGCAAAAACUAGUGUCUCAUGGAUACUCCCUCAUAGACGAAACGUUCGAUAUGGAUCUCGUCGGCUGCUUAAGAAAAGGCAUCGAGCAACUGUUCCACCUCGGGCUGCCUGCAACAUGCAUCCUUCUUUUCGACGAGGCUUGGGAUCUAGCCAGGAGCUCGAGGACUGCUUUGGACCAAUGUACGCACAAUCAAAAUCAGCUCAACUUUGACCUACUUGCCUGGUAUAUUAAGGCGGGGACAAGUGGUUUUUCGCCGCACAGAGACCGACAACCAGAAAACGCAAAAGACACAUUUCACAGCGAUGACCAAGCGAAGUUUGUCACUCAAUGGAUCGCACUAUCCGAUGCUACAACUGAAAAUUCAUGCCUUCAUGUGAUACCCAAGAUGGAUGAUCCAGGAUAUGCUGAAGGUGACAAAGACGAUCAAGACCCAAUGAUCAGGGCUUUACCCAACAAGGAAUCAUACCAAAACAUUCGAGCAUUGCCGAGAAAGGCGGGUCAAUCAAUCAUGUUCACUCACAGAAUUAUACAUUGGGGGUCUAGAAGCGAUGCUGACUUGACUGGUGCACCACGGAUUGCUAUAUCGUUUGUUAGCUCGGACCCUAGCUACGAGCCACCCCUUGUAGAUCCUCAGCACUUUACGGCAGAGAAGAAUCCUCCGUUCCGGAUUCGUCUUUUGCUUGUUUGUGCGCAGCUUCUGAUCUACUAUCAACGAUUUGAGCUGACAAAAGAGGCAGUGAAAUGUUGUUACAAGUUCUGCAAAGAACACGAGGACGAUUUAGAUGAAUCAUAUCGACACAAAGUAUUCGUAGAAUUCGUCAAUGCGAUGAAAGAGACUUCCGAGACCACGGACAACAAUGAAGGAAACGGAAAAGCUGCUGUAGAACUAGUAGUCACUGAAGAGGGAGAUGAAGAAGACGAGGAAGAUGCCAUGAUGCAAGAGAUGCUCGACGCUGAAGAGGGAGGUUAUGGGGAGUUUAAAGACGAUUUUGAUGAGCUAGAUGGAGAGGAGGAGUACGAUUCGGAGGGCAGUGUAAACAAUAAAGACGAUUACGAAGACGACGAAGAUGACGAAGUGAAUCUGUUCGGAAAAAGAAAGCUAGAAGAGACCAAGGAGGCCAAUGGGAGUGCUAAGAGGCAGAAGUAG